UGCCAACGUGUAACUUCCUUUCAAUAUUUUAUCCAAGAUGGGUACCAACAACAUGUUGGCAUUUGCCCUUUUAUCUGUAAUUUCAUUGACAUCAGGGCUAUAUUUUCAUAUCGGCGAAACUGAAAAGAAAUGUUUCAUUGAGGAAAUUCCCGACGAAACUAUGGUUGUUGGCCAUUACAAAGUAGAAAUGUUUGACAGAAAUGUCAAUGAUUAUGUGCCAACUGUCUAUGGACUUGGUAUGCACGUGGAGGUUACUGACCCAGAAGAUAAAACUGUUAUGUCUCGGGACUACUUGCCCUCUGCCCCGGGGGUGGGGAUGUUGGUAGAGGUGAAGGACCCAGAGGGUGGCAUUGUCCUGUCCCGGACAUAUGCAGCAGAUGGACGAUUCACUUUCACAUCCCAUAAUGCGGGGGAACAUGUAAUCUGUCUACAUUCCAAUUCUACGGCUUGGUUUUCCAGUGGUCAGUUGAGAGUCCAUCUGGAUAUCCAGGUGGGAGAGCAUGCUGUGGAUUACUCACAGAUCCAGGCCAAAGACAAAUUAUCCGAGCUCCAGCUAAGAAUCCGACAACUCCUGGAUCAAGUGGAGCAGAUCACAAAAGAACAAAAUUAUCAAAGAUAUCGCGAGGAACGUUUCAGACAGACCUCGGAGAGCACUAACCAGCGAGUUCUGUAUUGGUCUAUAGCUCAAACAAUCAUUCUUCUUAUAACAGGUUUUUGGCAGAUGAGGCAUCUUAAGAGCUUUUUUGAGGCCAAGAAACUUGUAUAGUGUUCUAGAUUUUAGGGUAAUAUUAUUAUAAAUUCGGUCCCCCAGUUGUUCAUAUAUAAGAAAAAAAUUGAAAAAGACGUUCAAAAUAGUUCAGUGUUAUGAAGUUUGGACAAAGAAAAAAAUACUGUUUAAUGAAAAUUUAUGAAGUGGAAAUAGAAGAAAAUAAAACAGGUUGCAUUAAUAAUAUAAAUUUGCAUUGUUGCAUACUUAAAUGUGAAGGAAUUGAGGGGAAAAAAAUUGGAACAGAAUUUUUUUAGGAUAAAGUUUUUAAAUUCAUUUAGGAUGCAUUAAGCAGCUAUGGUGUACAUAUAAUUUUCAGACAAUGUAAAAAGGGAAACGUUUUGUUUAAUCCAUUAAUUUUAUUUGAGGUGAAAGUUUUUCCUUUGUUUUGUGACAUAAUAAUUUGUCAUAUUUAUUAUCAAGAUAUUUUGUUGCUAUAUAUGGAGUAGUGUAUGAUUGGUGUUGAAUGAUGUUUGAUGUCAGAGAGAGUUUCCUCCCUUUUGCACUUGUAUUGUUUCUUUGUUUACCACUUUGUAUUUAAAAUGCAUACCGGUAACUUCACAUAUUAAACUAAGUUCUGUUUACUUUAUAAUUAUUGGUAUUUUGAAAGGGUUUUGGGGGGAGGGAUGGGUGGUUCAAAGAUUUCAUUAUAAAAAUGUGUUGAUGUUAAUAAGUAUUAUGCGAGGAAAAUUUUGAUAUUAUAUUUUUUUUUCUAAUUUUCAAAAUGAAUGACAGUUUAUAAAUGUCUGUAUGAAAAAUAACAUUAAAAUUGAGAACAUGAUGAUCAUGUUUACAUUUUAAGCAUAUUGAGUUCACAUGUUAGAUAUAUUUUUUAUCCAUAUUGCAUGUGCAGUAUAUGACUUUGAUUGUAAAUCAUCACUUUUCCUUUUCUUGGAUGAAUCUGUGAGAAGAAGCUCAGAGAGAUGAAAUAGCUUUGCGGAUCUAUGCUUUAUUUUUGUGUACAUGUGCGAUCACUUUUUUUUCUUCUUGUUUGUGUGUGAAUGUGUAACAUGAAAUAAAUAUUUUAAAACUUG